UGCCUGACCCACUGAAUUAUUCCGCAAUCUUGUGUUUAUUUGCUGCAAAUUAAUUCCCGCCCCACGCUUCGAACUACAAUUCCCGACAUGCCGCGUAAUCCGCACAUGCGCAGAGCCAUCUCCCACAAUGCACCCCGGCCUACACACUGUUCUGCGGAAAGCGCAGUCGGAAAAUUAAAGGGAAAAACUCAGCUCGCUUUUGGGGUGAGUACAAGGUACACAAAAAUGUCUACCGGGGCAGAUGUUCGUGAUAUCCUGGAGCUGGGCGGUGGCGAUUCUGAAAACACGCCCAUCAGUAAAAAGGAUAUUAUUAACUCGGAUAAGAAAAAGUCAAAGAAAUCAGCAGAAGCGCUCACUUUUAAGAGACCAGAGGGAAUGCACCGAGAAGUUUACGCUCUACUUUAUUCUGACAAAAAGGAUGCCCCACCAUUGCUUCCAAGUGACACAACCCAAGGUUACAGGACUGUUAAGGCAAAGCUUGGCUGUAAGAAGGUACGACCAUGGAAGUGGAUGCCUUUUACCAACCCUGCCAGGAAGGAUGGUGCAAUAUUUUACCAUUGGAGACGUUUAGCAGAUGAAGGCAAAGAUUACCCAUUUGCUCGGUUUAAUAAGGCUGUUCAGGUGCCUGUAUACUCAGAGCAAGAAUAUCAGAUGUGUCUACAUGAUGAUGGAUGGACCAAAGCAGAAACAGACCAUCUCUUUGACCUCUGCAAGCGCUUUGAUCUGCGUUUUAUUGUCAUCCAUGACCGUUAUGACCACCAGCAGUUCAGGAAACGUUCAGUAGAAGAUCUGAAAGAGCGAUAUUAUAGCAUUUGUACAAAGUUAACAAAGAUCCGAGCCCCAACUGGUGCUGAUCCCAAGCUUUCUGUUUUUGAUGCUGGGCACGAAAGACGGAGAAAAGAGCAGCUUGAGAGACUGUACAAUAGAACACCAGAGCAGGUGGCUGAAGAAGAAUACUUAAUACAAGAAUUAAGGAAAAUUGAAAUGAGGAAAAAAGAACGAGAAAAGAAAACGCAGGAUUUACAGAAACUCAUCAUAGCUGCAGACAACACCACAGAAAUGCGCAGGGCAGAGCGAAAGGCAGCAAAAAAGAAACUUCCGCAGAAAAAAGAAACAGAAAAACCGACUGUACCAGAAACCGCAGGUAUCAAAUUUCCAGAUUUCAAGUCUGCUGGAGUCACAUUACGAAGUCAAAGGAUGAAACUACCAAGCUCAGUUGGACAGAAAAAAAUCAAAGCCAUUGAACAGAUGCUCACGGAAUUGGGAGUUGAUCUAAAUCCAAUGCCCACAGAAGAGAUUGUGCACAUGUUCAAUGAACUUCGCAGCGAUCUGGUGUUACUGUAUGAGCUCAAGCAAGCUUAUGCCAAUUGCGAAUAUGAGCUUCAGAUGCUACGACAUCGAUACGAGGCACUGGCAAAGGCAGGGACAACCAACUUAGCAUCAGGAGAAGGCUUUGGCAUAGACGGACAGAUAGGAACUGUGGGAACUAGUUCUGAGGAAAUUAAGGGAGAAGGAAAAGAUCAGUUCAUUGAUGUUGUUGGAGCUGCACCUCUCACACCAAACUCGAGAAAGCGAAGAGAAUCUGCUUCAAGCUGUUCUUCUGUAAAGAAAUUGAAGAAACCCUGAACGUAUGUGAAAGUCUAGAAAGUGGACUAACAUGGUUGUGUGGAUCUUUCACUACAUAGCUGUUUUGCAAAAAAAAGACCAUCAAUGCCCCUGCAAAUUUGGGAACAGUGAGCUCUGUUGAUAAUAUCCAGCAGCAUUGGAAAGGAAUGACUACUGCAAUCACAACAACAGAAGGAAAGCAUCCAAGCUAUGUCCAGUAGAGGUUCCAUCAAAUAGCCCAGAACUGACCCAGAACAUCAUUAUCAAGACUUUUUUUUUGCAUUGAAGUCCUUUUGAUAUUUGUAUAAAUGUAUCCCCUCUUGAGGGUUUUAUUCUGUUUGUACAGGGCAAUUAAAGUAGUUAUGAGUGAAGGCCACUCACGUAACCAUCGUUUUGUUACAAUUUCUCCUUGAACAAAGAAAUUGCUACAUGUAUGUACAGAAUCAAUUUAUUAGGAAAUGUUCAAAUUACUUUGUAAACAUCUGUUGUAGUGCAGAAAUAUCAGUGUAGAAUAAAGGAAUCUUUUUUAAA